UAUCCACAAUUUUACACGCAUAUUAUGCGUGCAAUAUCUGCAUUUAUGAUUUCAUUUACUGUUCUACUUCUUGAAGUACAUUAGUAUUGCGCAUAUGUAACUCAUCGUGCGUAUUUAUAGUGUGCAAAACAGUGAGGACAUUGGCCGCAACGAUUGUAGUGCUGCACUCGGCCAUUAGCGGAAGUUGUGGAAAUUUUUUCGUACUCGUAUACGAUUUCGCUUGCAGAUAAGCAUCCCUUUGAUGAAGAGGAUGCUUGUGCAUCCAGGUACGGCAAAUGUGACGUACAGUACUUCUGGUAAUCACACCUACAUUCUGCCUGCACCGUGCCUGCUGAUCUUGAAAACCGGUGAGGAAUUUCAAGGUCGUCAGUGCAUGUAAAAUCUGGAAGCGGAACGAUAAGUUUUCCGAAAUCAUGUCUUUUAUCCACUCACUCGAGUGACACUAUAGGGUAAAAUAAUUUUUUUACGUAAUUUUUGCCAGUUUAAUUUAACUGUUUGUGGAAAAUUGAUCACAAAACCAAAAUGGAUGGUUUAUAUUGCGCUGUUAUGCCCCGAGGAAAUCCCGCAGCGGACGCAGAGGAUGGAUUAUGGGAUCAGCCAGAGGCGCCAUCGCGGCCUCAUCAGCUGCCUUAUUCUCCUGCCUGGGAGAAGAAACGUGGCGUCGAUCUGUAUAUUCUGCGGAUGAACCGCGAAGUGAAUCGGUUUGUGCUGCAAAGAGGACUGUUCCGUUUGUUCAAAGAACAUAUUUUGAUUAUGCACCUAUCCGUUGAUGCUGAUCUGUUUGGCAACAUUUACGGACAUCUUGUGUUAUUGAAUCAUGCCGACAUGAGGGCCAUUGUCAAGCGUUUCCACAAGACAACGUUUUAUGGGAAAAGCAUCGAAUUCUCAGAAGUCAGCCCAGUAAUUCCUGUUCCUCUUGCGUACAAGCGCGCGGUUAUUGGAAUUUUUCAGGAGCAGAAGCGCUCCCACCUGUUGCUCGCGGAACUAAUUGGACUUUUUGAAGAAAAGUACGACCAACCCAUGGGAAUUUCUGACCUGUUGAAGAUGCCGGAUAUUGUGGAGCGUUUUGCUGCUGGUGACAUCCAGAUGGUUCGCCUACUGCCGUAUUCAUUGGUUUGGCAGACAAAUUUAGCUCGUCAGGGAUGCCUUGACACACUGCCGCUAGCUCAGUGCAGCAAGGAUUGCGGCAAUCAGCGGGGUUAUCUUGCGCGGAUCAGCGGAACCAAAUCGUUGACAUGUUACCGGGUUUCGCUGCGGGUUUUUAUACCGCAGGUUCUUCAGCUGCUGGACUACCACGACAACUGCAUGAAUUUGAACACGUUCAUCCCGUGUUACGAAGCCAUGUUUGGACACUUACCGGAAGACGACGAGCACGGCGUUUUUCUGGACCACUUGUUGACUGCUGUGCCGGGAGUUAGCAUUGUCCAACAACCAUUUCGCAGUCGACAGUUGAUUUUAGAUCACGUGAAUGCAGCAGCGGUUGCAAAUUCAUUCAGUCCAAACUUAAAUCAAUUCCACCGUGAAGUAUUGGACAUGUUAAUGGUGCACCAUCGAGCCACUGUCCCAUUCGGCGAGUUCGUCCAGACGUACCGCGUCCAUUACGGAAAAAUGUGUCGUGUGGCGGAUUUCGGUUGUACUCGGCUAGCCGAGUUGUUAUUGCUGUUCUCCAGCGAUAUUCAGAUCUUGGGGAUCGGUAAUAGUCGCAUGAUUACCUUGACUCAUGAAGCUCAGAUGCAACGCUUUCAGCGUAUUCUUAAGCAUGUCAAACUGACAUGCGGAAUUCAGCGCAUCGACGCCCGCAAUUUUAUUUUGUUGUACCAGUUUGUAUGCAAAAAGGUGUUUUGUGCCGCUGAUUUUGGGAUCUGCUAUCUGGAAGAUCUACUAGAACCGAUGCCGCCAUUACGCCAUGGGAAAAUGCAUCUGAUGGCUUCGACUUCGUUGCCGGUAGAGACGAAAUGCGCAUUGUUCAGCAUUGGAAAGUUUCGUGAUACACUGGCGGCAAUUCGCGAUACGAAGCAUAAGGAAGAGCUGGAUGAUUCUGGUAUUUUGAGUACUGCCGGUACCUGUGAUCCGUACAAAGAAACUGCAUCCUUGUCUCCCGGGCUGAGUUCUUUAUCGGGUGAAAUGCACAGCGUGGACAGCGAAUUUGAGACCAGCAGCAAUGUCAGCUGUGGCAGUGACAGUGAACCGGAAGUCGAGAAACAGCCGCUAAUAAUUUCUACCAGGCUUGCUUUGCGGUUUUAUUAACGACACGUGCAACGUAUUUUUGUUUGGUGUCUUUUAGCUUUGUUAUCUGCUUAUUUGUGCAAAAACAUGCUUAACUGAGCCCGAUUACGGUCGAAGUCAAGUAGUGUCGUUUCCAUUCAAAGAAGAAGUCGCAGCAUGACUUAUAAGCAGUUACUUACUUGUUGUAAUCCGUAAGGAUCCCAACCAAAAUAUAUCAUUGUAUCAGUGAUAUUUUCUU